AUAGAUGAAAUCUCGCGAGGACAAAAAGUCCCACGGCCAUAUACUCGAGAAACUUCUGUUACUGCUUGAAGUCUUUCUUCGGAGCAGACUGACCUCCGGGAACACUUUUCUACAGGAACUGUGGGAGAGAGGUAUGUGGACACAUAUUUUUUCAUCCUUAGUAGCCAGUAUGUGGAAAAAAAGUUUUAUAAUUGAGAUCAGAUGAAGUUACUCAGUUCGGCGAUGACUGUGCUCGUAAUCCUUGACGAUACACAGAUGUCUCAUCUUGGUAUGGUCCUCCUUCGUGUUUUUGUUCAUUCUUGUCUUAUCUGCCAGCCCAAGAUGAUUUAGUCUGCUUGUUUAACUUCUCUGAGGGCCACCCAUGUUCAGUAUAUACAAAGUUUUCCAGUGUUGGGACCUCAUCCUGCUCUUUUCUAUCUUUGGCCUUGCCCUUGCCUGCUCUGUAUCAACCAGUUUGCAUCGCCUUCCUUCAUUCUUUGCGCAAAAACCUCUGAGAUUGUAAAAAUGCUGUCUAUAGUUUUGUAGUAAUCUGAAAAAUAUAUAAAAAUAUAAAAGAAAGGUUCAAAAAAGUGCACAUUAAAAAGUGCUUUUUAGAUUAGGCUUUGAACAGACAGGAAAUUUCCACUUGACCAUGUGCAGUGGCCGACAGUGGACGACCUAGAGACUCCAUUACAUAGGCCACUGUGUGUGUGUGUGUGUGUGUGUGUGUGUGUGUGUGUAUACAUUCAUAUAUACACAUUGAUCAACAAGACGUGUUUGUGUAAAUUAAAAAGAGGGGACAAAAGCCAUACAGCAAAAACAAGAAAAUACAUUUUUGAUUCGAGAUUUAACACCAAACAAAACUUCACAAAUAAAACCUCACAAAAAUUACAGGUCUUGUUUUGGGCCUGGGUAAUAAGUAGUUUGUAGUCGAUAAACCAAAAAGGUCUGAAUCCUGUUCAGAGAAGUCAAGGUCAUGUGCCAAUGAUGCAACUGAGUUGCUGUUGUGUAAAUAGAGGUAAUUCUCUGCCGUAAAGAAUUUAACAAUCCAGAUAAGAUGGAAUUGAUCAUUUCAUUCUGCCUAUGCAACUUGAAGAUUCUUGCCUUUUUUCUUUUUUCUUUCAUCCUCAUUCUUAUAAAAAUAAUUUAUAAUGCACCUUCAAAUUCAAGUAUUGGUAGAUCUGUUUUAUUUGGUAAAGUUUGAAUUUCGAUUAAUUAAAUGAUGAUUUGCCUACAGUGAUCCUGAAAGCACCAUGCAGUACCAGUGGCCUAAUGAUGACGGCGAUCUGCCACCUGGGGUGACUCGACUGGGUCGCUCUGGACCACAAAGUCGUCAAAGCUACAUCAUGUACCACGGCACCACCAGGCAGGCUGCUCAGUCCAUUUUAGCCACAGGUUUUCGCCAGUCUUCAGACGGGAUGCUUGGACGUGGUGUCUACCUCAGCAGAGACCUGGAGAAAGCCAGACGCUAUCCCAUUGGUCACCCUGAGGACGACAAGGCGGUCAUCAAGGUCGUGGUCAACGUAGGGAGAGUGAUCGCCAUAAGGCAACAAGGCCACCCACGUCAGAAGACCUGGCAUGACCCUGCUUAUGGCCGGGUGUAUGACACCGCCUGGGUUCCUCCCAAUUGUGGAAUGGUACCAAGCGGCCUGGAGGAAGAUUGUGUCUGGGAUCCAAAUCGAAUCCAAAUCAUCAAAGUCAUCUACCCUCACCAGAUACCCAAAACAGAUGGAUUGUGGGCAGUCGGUGUUGCCGGAGUUCUUGUUGCUGCUGGAACUCUACUGCUCAGACUUUUAAAAUAGGAGCUGAAUGAUACUGUAACUGGAAGUGCAUACACUGUGACAUGGGAACAAAUUGCUACUGAAUUUAUCAAGCUUUUUGAUUAUAUUAAAAGCUAAAAAUAGUCUGAUUUGUGUGUUUUUUUAUUUU